UCACAGCAUAAUAACCUCCGCCGACACAAACGCAGUCAUUGUAGUGUCUUGMAAUAAUGAAAUCCAGGAUUUUAUCUGAAUUGCCAGAUGAACAACUUGGUCAGACAACUCUGUCAGGAAAGAUUUUAACAUUCCUUGAAGACAAUGUUGGUUUUUUCGAGGCUCAGUUUCUAUUAGAAAAGGACCAAAGUCACGACCUUACACCAGUUUACCAAGACCACAACCAUAUUUAUUACUGUAUUAAUGGAAAAGCUUCAGUGAAAAUUGACCAGGGUGACAAUCAAUUCACGCUUACGGACAACACUCUGCUUGCRCUUUCACCAUCAACCAAAGCCUCAAUCACUGCCUUAGCCUCAACUCGUUUGGUCGUCGUCUCAGUUCCAGGCCUUCCCAACCAGCAGCCGCMACCUUAUUUCUUGAGCCUAGAAAAAAUCUCGGGGACCGAUCGCGAUGUGAAUUUUGGCGCWGGUCAAAGCCGAAGGUUUCUCAAACAAAGUGACGGCUUCAACAUCUCAGUGCACAACACUGUACCCGMCCUUAAAACAAAAGUCAACUUGGAAUACAAAAAUCAUUUUGAAGCAAAUCUUCUGUGUAAGGGUCGCGUGCAAUACUGGUGGAACAACGAGACAGAGACUGCGGUAUUUGAUGAAAAGGAUUCUGUCACUGGUGAUGGUAUAAUGAUCUUACUGGACAAACAUGACAAUCAUCACAACGAAGUACUUCAAGAAGACAGCCAUAGCAUUUGUGUGUUCUACCCUCCUCUGAAAGGUGACGAGAAGCAUAAUUUCUCAGGCUCCGGGUCAAGUUAUUGAUUCAACCACGCCCGCCCCACWWUGCAAUUUGGGAUUUCAUCAUAUGUUGUUAAAGGCCAUAACCACACAAUCCCUAAGCCAUGGAGUAGAAUUUUAAUUUUAAAAACUAGAAAUACAUGUUAAUUGAUAUUACUUUUAAUAAAGGUUGGAAACUGAAAGCCUA